UAAGAGAAUUGAAUCGGUACGUCUUUAUGACAAAUAACUUUAUUACGCAUGUGCAGCGUAUUUUUUUACUACGUGUAUAAUUAUUGCAGACAAUACGGAGUUAUUAAUAUUGCUUCUUUCACUGUAUUAAGUUGAAAAAGUUAAUCUGAGCACACUGAUAACAUCUGCUUGUCGUCGUUUCCUAUAGAGAAAUGGUUCUGCCAGUUUUCAUUUUUCUUCUGUUCUACUUAACUUCUGUGUCAACUAAGCCAGUUCGACUUUGUAUUCCACAGAAGAAUUUAAAGUCUUGUUUAUCUAUGUCUCAAGAGAUGCCAAACUUUGUUCAGUGUGUUUUAGGACGAGACAAGCUUGACUGUAUGUACAUUAUUCUGAAUGGACAAGCUGACUUGGUGAACGUAGCUCCAGAAGAGAUUUACACAGGAGGAAGGUAUUUCAGUUUAGUACCAAUAGCCAUGGAAGCAACAGCCUACGAAAAGCCCUAUAUUUAUCGUGCAGCAGCAGUGGUGAGGAAGGACUUGGAGCUCAGAAAUUUAGCAGAUCUUCGCAACAAACGUUCAUGUCACGGAACAUUCAAUGACGUGGUAGGAUGGCACGUACCAAUCAGCGUUCUUAUUGGCACAGAAGCUAUAACACAAAAUUGUACAAAUGAGCUCCACACUAUAGGAGGUUUCUUCUUAGAAAGUUGCAUUGCUGGUAGCUGGUCUACAGAUCCCGUUUUUGAAGAAAAACUUCGACAACAAUAUCCUCAGCUAUGCAGUGGCUGUGGCAAUGGAACUUCUUGUUUAGACAAUAGUUUUGCUGGCCACGAGGGAGCGCUACGGUGUCUUGUGAAUGGAGAAAGCGAUAUUGCUUUCACAACAAUAGAAGCAACCCAAACUUUUUUUGAAAAUCGAAAAAUUCAGGAAGGAAAGUACGAAUUUCUAUGUCUCAAUACGAGCAGACAGUCAUUAAAAAAUCCAAAACCAUGUUAUUGGGCUCAAAUACCGCCUAACGCUUUCAUAGGCUUGCCACAUCAGGAUUCUGAUAAAAAUAGAUUAGUUCGAAUCCUCCAGGAAAUUUUUACGCGAUAUACAAUUCUCGGAAGACCAUCUUGGGGUCACUUAGCCUUUGUAUCCAGUGAAAAUGUUACCAAUGUCGUUCCUGUGCCCCCGACGAUGAACACGUGGUACGAUUAUUUAGGGUCAGAUUAUCUGUCAACUAUUGAAAAACAUCUUCCAGCAUGUGAGAGGAAUGUUGUAAGAUUCUGCGUUACUUCCUUGGUUGCUUAUAAAAAAUGUAAAGAUUUCGAAAAAGUAGCUUAUGCUUGGAGACUGAGACCAGAAAUAAGGUGUAUCAACAAUAUGUCUGAGUUAGAGUGCAUAGCAAAUGUAAAAUCAAACAAUGCUGACGUAGUGAUUUUGGAAAGUGGUAAUGUUUACCACGCAGGCAGGUACUAUAACUUCCAACCAAUAGUUGGAGAAAGAUACAAUGGAAGUGAUAUCUCAUCUUGGGCUGUAGCAGUAGUAAGAAGAGAAUCAAACAUUAAGAGACUGAGGGAAUUAAAAGGAAGACGGUCAUGCCACAACAGAAUAAUGGACACAUCUGGAUGGAUUGCUCCAAUAUCUCGAUUGAUGGACGCUGGGCUCGUGGUUUCAGAAACCUGCGAUAUUCCUUCAGCCGUAGCCAAUUUUUUUUCGAGUAGCUGUGUUCCAGGCAUAGCCGACCCGACUUUAAAUGUCAGCAUAACUAAUAUAGAUAAAUUUUGUCGCCUGUGUGUAGGCAGUGACAAUGGAAGCCAUGUCUGCUCACCAAACAAGAAAGAACUUUACUACGGUAACGAAGGUGCUUUCAAGUGUUUGGCAGACAGAAAAGGUGAUGUUGCUUUCUUAGAUUGUAAUUUGUUUGAUAAUUUCUCGAAAGAUGAUGUCAACAAUAUAUGGACUAAUCAGCUGCAAGAAGAUUUCCGACUUCUCUGUUCCUAUGGCGGCCAAGGGCGAGUAGCAGAUUAUCAAGCCUGUCACGUAGCAGCCAUUCCUGCAAAAUACGUCAUGAUGUCAAACGGCGUUUCUGAGAACGAGAAAAUGAACGUUAUUGGACUGUUAGUGACUGCUGGUCACAUAUUUGGACCUCAGUCCUCGUCGUUUCGUUUGUUUGGAUUGUAUCAAUAUACACCAGACUUGAUGUUUUCAGAUACUACGACCAGUCUUAAAGCUAUACCCAGCCAAGCUAGUUAUCGUGACGUUUUGGGAGAGGAGUUUAUUCACAUGAUAGAAAUGGUUGAUCACAAAUUCUGUGAAUACUCGCCAGGAAUCGCCUCAAAAAGAACACUUAGUUUCGCUCUUGGAAUGUUGUGUUUUUUAAUACUGAAGUUAAAACUGUAGCGCCGUAUAUCACAUAUGAAUAUUUCAUUUGAUUUUUGAAGAUAAGUAUUGUAUAUUUAGACAAGUAAUAAAAAUAUUUUGCAAAAA